UAUGAGAGAAUAAAAAGGCAUGUUUCGAACGAGUUCGCGAGAUGCCGCUCGAGGAAGAGGCAGUCGUCUUGACAAGUGAGGGCGUACGAGCGGAAUUAAGAGUCAAGCUAGCGUGUUGUGGAGUUGAGUGAGUCACAGUUGGUGUGGGUGGAGCCAGCCGCGCGCUCCGAAACGCUCUCAGUGGGAGCGUAGAAAAGUCACGGCACGCCCACCGCCUGGUUGCCUUUCUCUAACAUCAACGCACUCCAAGUACACUAUCAUUCUCCACGUUUACGCAUUCAAGAUGGCUGCAUAAACUCCCCCAUACCGUCGCCCAGCAUACCAGCAAUAAGACAACUUCGUCCACUACUUCCAAAACACUCUCAAGAGCAAUCGCCCUUGAGUUUCUCCACCACUUCAUCGUCUUCGGACCUUCGACUUCAGAAACUACAGCCAACUACGGCUUUUAAACCACAAUCAUGUCUUCCUCCCCAGAACUCCCCCAGGCAUACUACGCCGACACCAGCGCUGACCUCAACUUCGAGACCGCUGCGUUCCUCAAGGACGGCGCCGACAUGCCGCUGUACCAGGAGUUCCCCGAGACCCAGUACAACGGAGCCCCCUACAACGACACCGACUUCAACGAGAGCGACUUCCUCGCUGUCAUGAACAAGUUCAACGACUCCCACCCUCAAACCAUCUCCCCUCAGCAACUCGAUCUGAGCGCUCCCUUCCCUCCUUCUGCAGUCAUCUCCGAGCUGUCUUUCAAUGGUUCCGAUGUUCUGUUCUCUCCCGAGGGCCCCGGCAACAUGGACACUCCUCUCUUCGGCAACAACUCGACCGACCCUUCGCCCGUCCUCGCCGACAACAUGGCCCCAAGUGGUCCUGAGAACUGGUACCCUCUGUUCCCCAGCAACGAGCCUACUGUGUUCCCCACCAAUGAGCCUGUCGCCCCCGCAGAAGUCUCCACCUUGACCGUUCCAACUGGCGCCGACCUCCGCGAGCGCGUCGUCGCAUCGCCGCCUCGGGUGUCUGCAGCUGCUCGUCCUGCCGGAGUCCGCAAGAACAAGUCCAAGCCUCUUGCCACCAUCGUCGUCGACGAAAACGACUCUGCCGCAGCAAAGCGCGCCCGCAACACCUUGGCCGCUCGCAAGUCCCGUGGAAAGAAGGCCGAGUACGUCGACAGCCUCGAAGAUGAAAUCAAAGAACUCAGGCUCCUCCUCGCCGCCUCUGAGCAGGAGAACGCCCAACUCAAGGCUCAAAUCAACCCUCCUCAAAUCGUCGACGAUCUCAACAACUACCUCAGCAACCUCUGAAAAGCCCGUCGACAAAAACAAACAACCACCAAAAGUUCUACUCUUCUUCUUCCUGUUCCGUCUUCUUUCCUACAUCGGACCAUUGCUACUGCAUUCCGC